AUCACGACGUUUGUUCCCCAGCAGCGGGCGGCCGCUCAGCAUCAGAGGCUGAUCCUCCUCCGUGUGUGGAGGGAAGGCGUGCGGUCCGCUGUCACACAUCCACCAGACGCUGCUCGCCUUUUCUUCUGUUUCCAGCUCCCAGCGGGACAGAAAGCUCUCCAUCCCGGACCCAACAUGGGUUAGAAACCCGGCGCGCUAUGGAUUACCCACUUUGUGCACUUCGGCGAGGAUGAUGGGGGGGAACCGGACUUGUUUUCGCAGAGACAUCCUGACAAAGACGGGCACUGAGAGGGACUAGAGACCCGGAUCCGCUCCCUCUCUCUGUCUCGCUUUUAUUAUUUUCCUGUUUUUUGUUUAUUUAUUUUUGGAUCUUUUCCCCGCGUGAGUGCGAGACUGAGAAAUGUUUGCAGAAUUGCUGUGCGGCGCCGUGGCUCUGGUCCUGUAUGUCAACACUCUGGGCGCCGAUUUCUGCUACGAUGACAGCCGGGCAAUCAAGACCAAUCAGGACCUGCUCCCAGAAACCCCCUGGACUAACAUCUUCUAUGAUGACUUCUGGGGAACCUUACUCACACACAGUGGAAGUCACAAGUCAUACCGGCCUCUCUGCACCCUCUCCUUCCGUCUCAACCAUGCUGCGGGUGGACUGGAGCCAUGGGGUUACCACCUGGUGAAUGUAGUCUUACACGGGGCAGUAACCGGUCUGUUCACCUCCCUGGCUCGCCUGCUGCUCGGAGGAGGCCUGUGGGCGCUGCUGGCCGGCCUGCUUUUUGCUUCUCAUCCCAUUCACACUGAAGCAGUGGCGGGCGUCGUGGGCAGGGCAGAUGAAGGAGCAGCCCUCUUCUUCCUGCUCUCCCUGCUGUGCUACAUACGUCACUGUACACUGCGGGGUCACGCCGGGCCCUGCAGGCUCAUGGCAUGGUUCAUUGGCAGUCUGGGCUGCGCUGCCUGUAGCAUGCUAUGGAAGGAGCUCGGGGUGACUGUCCUGGCUGUCUCGGCUCUGUAUGAUGUCUGCGUUGUCCACAAACUCAAGCUGCGACAGAUCAUCAUGCUCCUCUACAAGAGAAAGAACAUCCACCUGCUGCUGAAUGUGUUUCUGCUGGCAGCCUGGGGAGUCGUCCUGUUGGCGGGACGUUUCUACUGGAUGGGAAACAAACCACCAAACUUCUCCAACUCUGACAACCCAGCGGCUGACUCACCCUCGCUCCUUACCAGGAUGCUUACCUUCUUCUACCUACCUGCUGUCAACUUCUGGCUUCUCCUGUGCCCCGAUACGCUCAGCUUUGAUUGGUCGAUGGACGCCCUCCCUUUGAUCAGGAGCCUUGCUGAUUGGAGGAACUUACACACAGCUGCCUUCUACCUUGCGUUGUUCUUGUUGGCGUGGUUCAGUCUCGGGACACAUCACGCAGCUAAAGGCAAGGACACCAAUGGCAAAGCGCAUCAUUACACCAACGGCAAGAACGGGAACAGUAACGGACACAGCUACCAGUACAACAAUCAUGAACAUUUGAACAACUCCCACACAGACACUCAUAAUCACAGUGCUCAAAACGGUACCAAAAAGCACUACGAGAGCAGGACUCCUCUGCCCACCACAGAAAAUGUUGUGGUGUUCUCUCUGGGUCUGCUGGCCAUCCCUUUCCUCCCCGCCACUAACGUGUUUUUCUACGUGGGCUUUGUGAUAGCAGAGAGAGUACUGUACAUCCCCAGCAUGGGUUUUUGCUUGCUGGUGGCCGUGGGGAUCCGGUCUCUGUACAUCCGUCUGAGACGCAGGUCCUCCAGGACAGUGCUGGUCUACUGCAGCGCUGUCCUGGUGCUUCUCUUUGGGGUCAAAACUGUCUUGAGGAACCGCGACUGGCAGAAUGAGGAGAUGCUCUACAAGUCAGGGAUCUAUGUCAAUCCUGCUAAAGCAUGGGGCAACCUUGGAAAUGUCUUGAAGAGCCAAGGGAAGAUGGAGGAGGCUGAGCAGGCGUACAGAAAUGCCCUCUAUUACCGCAGCAACAUGGCUGACAUGCUGUACAACCUCGGUUUGCUGCUACAAGAGAGCAACAAGUUCUCAGAAGCUCUCCACUAUUAUAAGCUGGCCAUUGGGAGUCGGCCAACUCUGGCUUCGGCCUACUUGAACACAGGCAUCAUCCUGAUGAACCAGGGUCGCCACGAUGAAGCUAAGCGCACCUUCCUGACCUGUGCUGAUAUCCCAGAUGAGAACCUGAAGGACCCCCACGCCCACAAGAGCUCCGUCACUAGCUGCCUGUACAACCUGGGCAAGCUGCUGCACGAGCAGGGACACCAGGAGGAGGCCCUCACAGUGUUUAAAGAAGCAAUACAGAAAAUGCCAAGACAGUUUGCACCACAGAGCCUCUACAACAUGAUGGGAGAGGCCUACAGCAGACUGAACAAGCUGCCUGAAGCUGAACACUGGUACAGAGAGUCUCUGAAAGCCAAGCCAGACCACAUUCCUGCACACCUGACCUACGGAAAGCUGCUGGCCAUGACGGGGCAGAAAACAGAAGCAGAGAGGUACUUCCUGAAGGCCAUCCAGCUUGAUCCCACAAAAGGCAACUGUUACAUGCAUUAUGGUCAGUUUUUGUUGGAAGAGUCUCGGAUGCUGGAAGCUGCAGAGAUGGCAGAGAGAGCGGCGCGUCUCGACAGCGGGGAGUUUGAUGUGGUCUUCAGUGCUGCACACAUGCUUAGACAAGCCAGCCUAAAUGAGGCAGCAGAGAAGUAUUACGGACAUGCAGCGAGCCUCCGACCCAAUUAUCCUGCAGCCUUGAUGAACCUGGGGGCGAUCCUCCACCUCAACGGGAAACUGAAAGAAGCCGAAGCCAAUUACCUCCGAGCACUUCAGCUGAAACCGGACGACAGCAUCACCCAGUCCAACCUGCGUAAGCUGUGGAACAUCAUGGAGAAGCAGGGCCUGAGGACCACGAGCCCCUGAGCUCAGCCUGCCCUCCUACCUGCCAUCUGCACGCCAGAUCUGGGGGAAAAUGACGGCCCACACGCUCCUCAUUCUCUCUCCACAUGCAGGAGAGACUCAGGGAGGAUGUUUGCUCAGAGAGGCCAUGACUGUGCGCUCAAGCCCUCCUAAUAACUCCUGAGCUCUGCAUACACCUCAGGCCAGCAGCUCUCCUCACAAGCAUUGCUCACAGUUUGGCAGGCGCUGCAUGGUAUUUGGACUCUUUAGAAACUAUUCAAAAUUAGGUCUCACAGGAACCAUUUUUCUUUCUUCUUCUUUAUUUUUCUUUAUAACUGCAGCACUUAAACUAAGAAAGGUACAUCAUCAUUUGUGAUAAAUUAGGCUUUUAUAAAGAGGUGAUAUUUGUCGCUAAGCAGUGUGAGAUAAACUGUAAAAGAAAACUUAAUCAGGCAUCUGAAUAAAGUUCUGGAGUUUAUCAGAUGAAGAAAAUAAGGUAUUAUGGCUACCAUCAAUGGGCACCAAAAUAAUCAUUUAAAUUAAGUUUAAAUCUAUGUCCACAUCUUCACUUUGUUUUGCUAAUGAGAUUACACUUCAUAAUAAAGAUCAUAAGCACCAUCAUGGCUCACCAUUAGUAGCAGAAGUCGGGAUAUUUGGUACAAUAACUUGAAAAAAGGGAAUCAAAUCAGUGGCCAUUGCAGCACAUAAAAGCUGUUGUUAGCUCUCGACAAAGGCUUGAUUUUUUUUUAAUAUGGAACGUUUUAUUAAGAAAGCUCAACAGCAAAGAAAUCAAGUCUACUUUCACAAAGUAAUGCCUUAUAAAACAAGGUAUGAAUCUUCUGUAUCGGCAGAGUACAGAAGCAGACAGGUGACGCUUUCACCGCCGCUGCUUCUUCCUCUGCUUUGGAAAAAAGCUGAGUCAUCAUGGCUGCAUCGCUUUGCAGCAAACAUAAGAAGCUAUGAGUGGAAAUAUGAAGCUCUCCUCCUGUGGGAUUACCACAGAGCAAAGAGGCAGGUAUGUCAGAUUUUGUUACACGCUCUCCUUACACUCUGCUAACUUUUACGACGAGUGUGUGAAAGAGUUCAAACCAAAUACAAGCGCUAUGCCUACGCCACUCUUUGUUUCUCAUCACAGAACAAUGCAAAGACAGCACGUCGGAGGGAAAUGUUUGAAUACCUGUGUUUUUGUUGGAAUAAAACUAAUUUCAUUGUGUUUGUAAAAAUGAAUCCUAAUAUAUACUUACAUUGUGUACAGUAUACAGAAAAUCGUGCAGCAAAAAAGUAGCCAGACUAAAAGUGGAAGCUCAGAUAUUGAGCAGGUUUGGUCUGUUACAUUUGAAGUAUUUCUCCAUCAGGCUUAAGGGUCUCAUUCUGUAUAUAUUCUGUGUAAUUAACAUCUGUUUGUUUGUUUGUUAUUGUCAACAUACAGUACAUAACACAGCACCUUCCCGGGAGUACGAGUAUGUACAUUAUUUGUGAUCUUUUCUUUGUUUUGAUUGGCCACAAAGCUCCUGAAAUAUUCGUGUCCUUAGUUUUGAAGAACGUUGUAAGUUAUUGCUUUGUUUAUGUCAUAGCAACAGAACCAGCUGGCACUGUGUUUUAAAGUAAAAUGAAGGAAAAAAUGGAUGUCCAAAAUAAAGUGGGGUCACCUGUUGUAGUAAAUAAAGAGUAGAUAAAUAGUCAGUGAAGGAUCACAGUUUGAAUUCAUACGUCAAGUUGGUGUUCACACUGUUCUGUGUUUAACUGUGACGAUCACCAGUGAUGUGCUCAGUAAGAUAAUCACAGUCCUCCCCGCCCCCACACCUCACACACCACACCAUCACACCGCCUCCUAACGUCUCCUGUGUACAGAAAGUGUUUAUGAACAAACACUGAUAUUUGUUAUUUCUCGAGUGAAGAUGUAAAAAGGUGUUUCACUCUGUGUCUCUGCUCAGGGAUCUUAAGCAGUGGGUUAUUGCAGAAACUUGUUCACAGAGCGUUUACUAAAUUAAAGAUUUAUUUUUGAAAGUUGUUGUAUUUGUAUAAAUUAUGGAGAUUUGUAGCCUUUUUUCUCCUUUUUUUGUAAUAUAAAGAUGAACAAUGUGCCAGAAUAGACUUUUUCUUCCAGUUGUUGCUUUUUUUCCACAAUAAAUUUAUGGUGUUCUGCUUUUACUUUG